AUGUUUUAUGCGAUUUCAAAUAAUGAGAAAAUGAACAUUAUUAGGUAUGAGGAAUUAGGAAGUGGGACUGAAGGUUAAGUUUAUGUUGGCAAAAUUCAUGGAACAGAAAGAAAGGUAGCUGUAAAAUAAUUUAAAACUAAAUUGAAUGAUGGAUAAGUAAAUUGUUUAUUUAGAUUGAAAAAUGAAAAAUUUUUAAAUAUUGUCUAGAUUUAUGAGAUCAAUCUAUAUCCAAAAUAAAUUUAGAGCAUAAAAUUGGGAAAUGUAGAAUUUAAACCAUAUCUUGAACCAUUUAUUGUUAUGGAAUAUGCAAAUUGUAAUUUUAAGGAUUACAUGAAAAAUUAAGAAUUUAUGGAUUUGUAAAGUUAUCAAAAAUAUGACAUAUUUCUUUAAGUAAUAAAAUUUAAGAAUGCUUUUUAGAUGCUUGAAGGAGUGAAAGAAUUACAUAGUUUAUAUUAUAUUCACAGAGAUUUGAAACCAGAAAACUUUGUUUGUUUUUUUGAUUAAGAAAAUAAAACAAUCAUAAAGUUAACUGAUUUUGGAUUGGUUAAAGAUACAAAUGCAACAAUAAAAACAGCUAAUGUUGGAACAGCUUCAUAUAUGGCACCAGAAGUAAAAUUUAUGAAAGAAGAAUAUGGUUACUCAAUUGAUAUAUGGUCUAUGGGAGCCAUAUUUUAUGAAAUUUUAAUUGGAUAACCCUUAUUUAAUUAAUAAAUUUUAGAGCAAUGCGAUAAUGAUGUUAGAAUUUCAUAAAUCUAAGUGGAUCUAUUAAUAAAUUAAAAUAAAAAAUUAACAAAAUUAGAGAGUGAUAUCUUAAAAUAAAUUUUAAAAAUUAAUUAAGAAGAAAGAUUGAAAAUGAAUGAAAUUAUAGAUUCUAUAAAUACAAUGUUAGAAGAUAGAGAAAUUAAUUUUUCAAAUAGAUGUAUUAAUUUAAAAUAAAAUUAGGUAGCUCAUUAAUUAAUUUACACCAAUAUAACGAAACUAAUAAUUACCUUGAUAGAUCUAAUGAUUUUAGGCCAAAUUAUGAAUAAGACUAAUUAAAUUUGGGUAAAAUUAAAUAAGUUAUAAAGUUAGGGGUUUCACUAAAGAACUCAAUGAAAUAUAAUGAAGCUAUAGAAUGUUUUAAUUAAGCAAUUAUAAUUAAUCCAAAUAAUGAGAAAGCAUAUUUUCAUAAAGGUAUUUUUAGAGCUAAUUUUUAUAAGGGAAUUCGUUAAGUUAUUUAAAGAAACACGAUGAAGCUAAUUAAUGCUUUGAUAAGGCAAUAUAGAUUCAACCAAAUUAUGAAGAGGCAUGGUUAAGUAAAGGUAUUUUUAAAAUUUUAUUUGAAAAGGGAUUUUACUAAAUAAAAAUAAAAGAUUCAUUGAAGCUCUUGAAUGUUAUAAAAAAGUUAAUUCUAUUAAUUCAAAUAAUGCAGAAGCACAUUUGAAUAAAGGUAACUUUUAAAUUAAAAAAACUAGGAAUAACAUUACAUGAACUACAGAGAUAUCAAGAAGCCCUCGAAUGUUUUGUCUUAGCAAUUUCGAUUAGAUCAAAUUAUGUAGAAGCAUACAAUAACAAGGGUAUAGAUAUUUUGAUCUAAUUUAAUAGGAAUUUCAUUAAAGAAUUUAAAACGAUAUUAUGAGGCUAUUGAGUGUUAUAAUAAGGCAGUAUAGUUUAAACCAGAUUAUGAGGAAGCAUAUUUUAACAAGGGUUUACAUAAAAUUCUUUAUUUUUAGGUCUUGUGUUAAAAAAUUUAAAAAAAUUUCAUGAUGCUCUUGAAUGUUAUAGUAAAGCUAUAUUAAUUAAAUCAAAUUAUGAGCAAGCUUAUUUUCAAAGAGGUAUGUAUUAAAUUUAUUUCUUCCUACAGGAAUAGUAUUAUAGGAAUUAAAAAGACAUGAAGAAGCUGUCUAAAGUUUUAGCAAUGCAAUAUUGAUCAAUCCUAAUUUUGAAGAAGCAUAUGUUAAUAAAGGUAUAUUAUAUAAGGCAAUGAAAUUCUUUAGGAAUUUCUUUAAAGAGUUUAAAAAAAUACAAUGCAGCGAUUACAUGUUACAAAAAAUCGUUAUCCAUCAAACCUAAUUUUGAACAAGCAUAUAAUAAUAUGGGUAUUAUAGAUUUUUCAAAUCGUUAGGUAUAUCAUUAAAGAAUUUGAAGAAAUACAAUGAAGCACUUGAAUGCUACAAUAAAGCUAUAUUUUAUAAACCAAAUUAUGAGGAAGCAUACUUGAACAAAGGUACCUUUCAUAUAUAAUAUUUGAAUUAUAGGAACCACAUUAAGGAAAUUAAAACGUUAUGACGAAGCCAUAGAAUGCUACAAUAAAGCGAUAUAAAUUAGACCAAAUUAUGAGGAAGCCUUCUUUAAUAAAGGUUUCUUUAAAUUUUUAUGUUUAGGGAUUACUUUAAAAAAUGUAAAAAGGUACAAUGCAGCUAUUGAGUGCUUUAAUAGAGCAAUUUCUAUUAAAUCUACUUAUGAGAAGGCCAGAAAACAUUUAAGGCAUUUAACAUAAUUAGUUCAAUCAAAGCAUUGAACUAUUGAAAUUUUUGAG